AUGGAGAAAUUUUCACGCUGGAGGGACAGCUCUACAGGAAUUCAUCCAUUUUUAACACCAGUGCUACCGUUAGGAGCUGCUGUUCAUAGGGCCUUUCAGUCUAUAUUUACCGCACUAUGGACACGUCUGGCACUUCUGUUUAUGGGUUUUUACUGGAUUAGUGAAGAAAAUGUAACACUAAAAAGAGGACGCUCUCAUACAUCAAAAGGACAAAAAAAACCCCGUUCGAACCGAAUGAAGUCUGGAGAUGUUAUUGUUUCCAACUGGUGUUCUUACGUUGAUAUACUGUAUUUUACAUUCAAGUUUAAUCCCAUGUUUACUCAGUUAUACCCUGCAACAAAUACAUUGCGACCAAUUUCUAUGUGGAAAGCCCUCCUAAUAGCAGCCUCUUUUCCUCAGUUAAAACCACCAUCUAAUAUUGAGACAUAUUCACUCAAAGAACUACGUCAACAAGCCGUCAAGAACCAAUUGGGUCCGAUAGUUAUCUUUCCUGAGGCUACGACGUCCAAUGGACGCGCAUUUCUGAAAUUUUGUCCUGUAUUCCACGAGAUGUCCUUACCUGUCGAGGAUUGUGUAAUCCAUAUCUAUACAAUAAGGUAUGAAUAUGAAAACUUCUCGCCGACGUACACGGCUGGAAAUAUCCUUUGGCAUUACUUGAAAUUAUGUGGAGAGUUUAAGAAUACUAUGAUUGUAAAGCAUUUGGGUACAGAAGAGAGUCCUUCGUCGCCGUCAUUCACAGUCUCUCAAAAAGCAGCGUCUAUACCAUUAGCGAAGGAGGAUGCAGUUGGAGCUCAGGUGAUUAACUUAAUGCACCAAAUAAGCCGAUUGCGUAUGACGAAUCUUGAUGCGAAAGACAAAUACGACUUUCUAAAGUACUAUUGGGAUAGAAGGAAAGGUGCAUAUGGAAAGAAUCGAAGAAGUUAUUAA